AUGAACUUUUCCGUUUUAGGUCCGGGUGAACUAGGCGUGGCGUGCGCCCUGGCGCUCCUCGCGAAUCACCCAUCCCGCACCGUUUCCCUCCUCAGUCGGGAUGGGAAGGCGGGUGGGGCGGCGACGUCCGCGGGGUUCACCCGCCGCAUACCGCCACGGCUGCGGAUCGUAUCGUACCCCACCGCAGCCGAACGCGAAUGGCCCCACGCCGUCUUCCUCUGCACCCCUGCUGAGUCGCUCAUCGCCCCCUCCCCCUCCUUUUCUUCCACGUCGCCCGUCAGGACUUUCCUUCGCGAUUGGCGCGAUCGAAAGGGCGAUACCGGCGGAGGGAAGGGGCCUUUUUCCUUUCUUGCGGUGUUUACGCGUGGGUUGAGCACGGCAGGGGUCACGCCGGUGGAUCUCGCCUGUCAGGAAAUGCUGCCGGGCGGUGAGGUGGAAGGAGAGGAGGGGGAAAGAAGGGGGAUGCCGCUGAUUUUGAGCGCGACGGGGCCGAUUUUCGCGCGGGAGUGGGCAGCGCAGUCGAACCCGCCAGGCUCUCCCUCUUCUUCUCCUGAGCAGGGCCUCACGCCUGACCAGGAGUCCGAGACCAGGAGCGACCCCCCCCGACAGUUUUCCGGCACCGCCCUCGUUUUCGCGCUAAAUCACGCGACAUCGGACGCCGGGCUCGUCUCCGCGCUCCGACGCCACCUCCAAGAGGAUCUCUUCCGUCGCGAGGCCGUCACCCUUCUGGAGGGGCCUGACAGUGGGGCGGAGGUGAAGUUGAUCAACGCGUGUCUGCCACUCUGCGCCUUUGGGGCGGGGCUGGUGAGUAAUUACUAUGCCGGUAGCAACGCGUCGGCCUUGGCAGCCUACGCCCAACACGCCCUCAGGGCGACCACAGGGCUGAUCAACGGGCUGCUUGGACGGACCGUGGAUACUCCGCUCCCGCCCUGCCUCUGCUCGACGCUCUGCGCCGUGUGCUCCCACUACGGCCUUCGCGAGUUUGUCCUCGGGAGGCGGUUCGACUUCCAUUUCAAGAAGGCGUUCGCCCUUCAGGCGGUGUACCCCGGGCAAACCCACACCGCCUUUACGUCGACCGUUAAUGGCCUGCACACCUUGAUGAGGGCCCGGUCGGUGAGCUCGCCUUUCUAUGAGGUUAUUAUGGAUACGUUUAGCACCCUGCUGCGCGCCUCGGUGGUCGGUGCGGGUCUUGUCAAGGAAGGCUACUAUGAUUAUCGCCAACCAGGUUCUUCACCAUUCUUAGAGCACGCCAUGAAAAUCGAUGAGGCGGUGUUUUCUCAUGAUGAGGUUGCGUUUGAGGCAGCAAAGUCCCGCUUUAUAAGCACAAUAUCUCAAGAUCCUAAAUAA